AUGGUUUUUGACUACAAGAGACUGGUUAGACCUAACAUCUUGAGUUUGGAGCCUUACAGAUGCGCCCGUGACGAUUUUAAGGAAGGAAUUCUGCUUGAUGCUAAUGAAAAUACUCAUGGACCUAGUAUAUCUGACCUUAGCACCUCAGAGGAUGACUUGCAACUUAACAGAUAUCCUGAUCCUCAUCAGUUGGAGCUAAAGCAACAAAUCUGUAAUAUUAGAAAUCAAGAAACCCCCAUCGAAGGGGAGAAAGUUGAGGUGGAGAACUUAUGCCUGGGUGUGGGUUCUGACGAAAGUAUUGACGCCUUGAUGAGAUGUUUUUUGACCCCUUCAAAAGAUAAACUAUUGAUUUGUACACCUACUUAUGGGAUGUAUGGAAUCUGUGCUACGAUUAAUGACAUUGAAAUUGUGAAAUGUCCUUUGAACUUGCAGAGCUUCCAGAUACAACCGGAAGAAAUCUUGAAAGUUGUUCAAAAUGAUCCUACUAUCAAGUUACUUUAUCUCACUUCUCCUGGUAAUCCAACAGGCCAAUUAAUUGACUUCAGUCUGGUAGAGACAAUUUUAAACGCGUGGGAAGGUGGUAUCGUCAUACUGGAUGAGGCAUAUAUUGAUUUUUCACCCGUGGGAUCGUCUAGAAGCACCCUGGUCAACAAAUAUCCGAACUUGAUCGUACUUCAGACUCUUUCUAAAGCAUUUGGUCUAGCGGGUAUAAGACUUGGUAUCACAUUUGCCAGCAAACCAAUUUCCGCGUUGCUGAAUGCGUUAAAGUACCCUUACAAUAUUUCCAAUCUGACUUCUAAUAUUGCUUUGAGAGCUACGUUGCCUGAGAACGUCCAAGAAAUGAGAAGCAAAUGCAAAGCAAUCUGCAAUGAAAGGGAGUUUGUCAUAGAUUCCCUGACAAAACUACCAAACGUCGGCCGCGUCAUUGGCGGCCUAGAUGCCAACUUCAUUCUUUUGCAAUUUCUUGAUACAAAUGGAAAACCCUCUAAUGAGGUUGCCAAGAAGCUUUACACUACAUUGGCCACCGAGAAUAAGGUAGUUAUUCGAUACAGAGGAAGUGAACUUGGAUGCGAAGGUUGUUUGAGAAUUAGUAUUGGAACCAGAGAGGAAAACAAUACUUUGAUAGACCAAAUGUCAAAAGUACUACCACAGGUUAUCAAAUCAUCUACAUAG